AUGGAGAGUAAAAGUCGGGGACUAUACGAACUAGAGGAAGACGAAGAAGCUCGGACUUUUUGUCAGCGUUUAACGCGUCUCCUUGGUGAUCUUAUCUAUACUGGAUCCAAAGAACUUCACAUUAAAACUAAUGCAAUUGUAGAAGUAUUCCAACUUCCUGGAGAGGCUAUACGAAACAUUCGAGCGAUCGAUACUCUUCAGACAACCUUUCUACGGGCUCGAUCUGCACGUCUUUGUAUAGCACUACUGGAACAGAUCCGCGGGAUCCAUGAUCGAUCGCCAGGCAAUUACUUCCUUUUAGAUAAACACCAUCUCAUCAGCAGCAUUGCUGAAGAUAUUGCUUCUAAGCCAGAUGCAGUCCAAGAAGUAUUUUUUGACUUGUUUGCGUCAAUGAUUGAGAAGCUUCACUAUGCACCGCUUCAGGAAAUCAGUAGCGUGGCUCUGCUGUUAAGCAAAUCUAAGUAUCCGACGUGUCUUCAGUACGCCUUCUCCUGUUUACUCCGUCUAGUCCUUGCAUUUCCAAGAAUGGAAGAGGUCUAUCGAAAUGUCGGCAUCUUGGAAGUCACCACACAACAUCUGGAAAAGUGCAUCGACACACUCUUUCGUAUCAAAGAUCAUAGAAGCAGCAUCACGGAACCUCUACUUCAUAAACCAUCGAUUUAUGAGACUCUUGAGCCAUUGACCAACAAUAUGGAGUCUCCUUUAGUCGAUCUCCUCAUUACGAUUCUUCGAUUACUAACUGCUGUUGUCUCUCAAUCAGCUCAAGACGCUUUAAUUGUGACAAACUGCAAGGGUGUCCACUGUGUUCUUGUCAAUCUUUUGCCACAGCCCACUCUUCCCAUGCGGGUCACUAGACAUGCUCUAGGUUUUCUCUACGAAGUAUUCAUCGUUUCUCCUCAAGAAGAUCAGUUGCUUGGUCUCUUAGACAUCCUUCCUUCUGCUGAAAUUCCUCUACGAAUUGAGAUUCUUCGUUUCCUUUGCAAUGUUCUUCGUGAUUCACAUCGUUGUCGAACUAUUUUCCGCAAGUGUAAUGGGUCAAUGCGCAUAAUCCAUCAACUUGUCAUGCUCAAUGGAAGUCUAUCGCCUGAAAGCGACGAGGCCAUGUCUAUUGGGAUUCGUGAUGUUGAAAAGAAGCGUCAGAUUAUCUCGCUAAUCAAAGGCGUCAUUGCUGUUCUCACUGUCGCAAUGAAGUUUGAACCCGCCAGUGCAAAACAUUUUGUAUCUGAACUUCAAUUUGAAAGCCUGGAGCAAUCCAUUCGUUUGUUGGGUUGCUUUAACAAAGAAACAGUCAUCUUUUCGCCACCAAAGGAUCAUGAUUCCAUCCAGAUUCCACAGUCAGAUACAUUGGAUGACACCACGGUCACUUCUAAUAGUGGUGAUCAUGCAAGUCCACAUAAUCUUCCCAGUUUGAAUCCCGAUCUUCUGAAAACAUUCAGGAAAGCCUUUCUUCGUUCUUCGUUGAUAGAAGAGGUUGCAGACAUACAUCAAUUUGGUGAUGUUCCAACGGCUUUUCUGGAUAUUUGCCUCAUUUUCCGAUAUCUCGUUGCUAUGGCUCUGGAUGAAUUCGAUAGAUCAUCUUUGGACCCCGUACAAGGCAGUCUGGAUAUCGAAAUUAAGGAUUCUAGUGAUCGUCUUUUCAUCUCACCUCCAUCAAUCGUUCAUAUUGGCGCCGUUCUUGUAAUAUUAAGACUUAUUCCUGCCUUAAUUCACCUACAGGGACAUUCAUCAACGACUCUAACUCUCCAGUACUUCGGCUUGGAGCUUUUAACUGCGGUGGUGGAAUCCGAAAGAAGUCAGCAAUUGCUUUGUGGUGUGGGCAUUUCAGAUCCCGGUGUGGGAUCCAUGGGAAUGCCCCGGGCCCUCCUAACAAAUUUUCGGCCCGCAAUGGCCUUUGCCUCACAUCCUCUCCAUCAACCGGCUGCUGACCUCUUUGCCCUUCUUGCCACUCAUUCUCUUACUCCUCGCGACUUCCGGGACUUUCUGCGUCUUUCCGGUCAGUUCUGCGAACAUCAGCAGACUACCAAUGGAACCUGUUGUUGUAUUGAAGAUGGCGGUUCUUCCACAGCUACUGAUUCAUCUGGAGAGCCACCUAUUCUUCACCUUCCAUCACUUCCAGUAAUCACAGAUCUCUUAGAGCAUAUUGUGCAGCGUCAGCGUAGUGGAGCCAAUCGAUACUGUUCUCCAACUUCUGCCACUAAUGUAACCUGUCUCCCCGCCUUUGUGGAAUUUGAUAUGUCUGUGGAGGGCUUUGGGUGUCUGUUCCUGCCUUCAAUAGCUCCUCAGAGAAUUGUUUCUCCUUCUGGAGCCACACAAGUGCUAGGAAAUGAGGGCUCAACGAUGGGAGCUUCAAGUUCUACAUGUGCGGGUGGAGUUGGUAUGGGUGAACGAGCCUUUCCCCCUGCAAAUGGUAUUUCCUACUGCUCUUGGGUAUGCGUCGAUGACUUUGGAACAGCAAAUUCUGCAGAUAUAUCCGAUUCGGCUCAACAAGCUCAUCCUAUACGCCUUCUAACAGUAGUUAAAGGUGUUCAAGGCACAAACGAGCAGUUGAUUUAUCUCUCAAUACAACUAGAUCCAAUCUCUCGGGCUCUUAUUGUCUCCUCAAAGGAACGCAUUCUUCCCAGCGAAGGUCCGAAACAACGUCUUAAGACUGGAUCCAUAGAUGGAUCGGUGGCGUCCAUUGAAGAUGCUCAUAGCAUUGUCUUCCUGACUGGACAUAGCAAUCCUUGGCCUACAAAUGUCUGGAGACAUGUGGCUCUGGUGUUCGCUCGGUCAACUAUUUCCCGAACCAGCCUCUGCAGUCUCUAUCUUGACGGUAUUUUUGUUGGCGCACAAAAGAUCCACUUUGCUCCCCCUGGUUCGGCGUCAGUGAGUACCUCAGUAUGCGCGUUUGUGGGUACCCCACCAUGUCAAUAUCAGCCUUGCAACCUUCGUUGGCGUCAAGGUCCUUUCCAAUUGAUUGAAGAACCUCUAACAGCUGGACAAGUGGCUCUCAUCGCUGCUUUAGGACCAGAAUACAUAGGCAGUCUUCAAGCUCCUCCCGCACCUCCAAACGGUCAGGACAUACUUCAGCCCCUGUUUGCGGAGGAAAAGCUGAGUUUCGCCGCUAAUGGAAGUACUCUAGUGACUCUGACGAUUACUCGUAUUCGACGAGUCUACAAUCCAACUGAUGCCGGCCUGAUCUGCAAAGUUUUGCAUAUGCCACUUCGGGAGAAUCUCACUCCCAUUCGAGUUCUUCGCAAUUUGGCCGCACAACUGGGCGGUUCGGCACGGAGUUUGGGAGCAGUGUUGGUGGGCUACCAGGGUGUGCGAGUGUUUGCUCCAUGUCCUCUUGGAACUCUCGUUUCAGCAGUUGCCGAACCAACUGGGCUGCUGCUUUCUCUCGUUGCAUUAGCCAAUACUUCGAAGCAGCUGAAGAAAUCCCUUCGGGCGGUUUUUGCAGUUAUCGGUGCUAGCCACGCGACGGCUGUGGAAGUUCAACGACUCCACGGCUACCAGUUAAUGGCUGGAAUUCUGCGUAAGAAGAGCGAAUUUCUCGACACGGACGUCGUGGAUUUGGUGAUCAAAUUCACCUUUAAUUCGAUGUUUCCUGCUUCAGAAAUGCUCGAAAAUGAGAAUCUUCCCACUAUCAGACAUGAGCAAACUCAGUUCACCUUAAACGAAAAUGCUUUUCGCGAUUUGAUUUGCGAUCUUCAAUUGUGGCUUCGUAAACCAGCCUACGCUGAAGAUCAAACUAAGGAUUAUGCCUUGGUAGCCCAUCUCAUCGACCAUCUGGUUAUGCAGUUUGCUUGGAUAUGCGAAGAACAUUCCUCAACUGAGGCAAAAUUAAAGUCGGAAAGGUUGGCGAAGUUAAUAUCUGGUACUAUAAUUGACAGCCUCAUCUUCUUUCUUCUGGAUGCACUGAAUGAAACCCAAAGUAGCAACGCAGCUGCCGUGCAUUUCCAUGAACUGUUGGCAGCUUGUUUGCGCCUCUUUGGCAUCGUUCUAAUCACAAAUCCUGUUUAUGGAGUGCUUCAAUUACUGAGUCAAUUUCUUAUUUGGACACUACCGAGAGAAAAGGAAGAUGGUUCUGGAGAGAUUCCUGAAGAAACUGAUCCUGCAGUCGCUCAAGAGCGCCAUCUUCUGAUCCACGUCAGGAACCAAUUCUUUCUUCUUCUUACUCAUUUGCUCUCCCAACCGAAAUCGAUUUGUGCAAAAUUCUGCGACCGUCUGGUAAUUGUGCUGGGUUUCGACUGGUUCCACCUUUUUCUCGUCCCCCAAGUCCACGAUACCACUGCAGCUUACGCUCUUCGCACAUUCUGCCUCGUUCUCCUAACCUAUUCUGGAUCUACUGAAGGCUUUCAAAAGAGGCAAGCUACUGUUCCCUCAACGGCAUCCACCCCUACCGCAACAGAGUCCGAUUCCAAUGAGUUUCCUGGUGUGGCAGCUUUUAGAAACGAUCAGCUCACCAACGGAUGGAUGCGUGCCUCUAUCAAGAGAGGUGCAAUAGGCGGAGACACCUCAACUCCAGGUGGCCUGCCUUUUGGGGCAGCUCGUUUAUCUACAUCUUACUCAACAGAGGCUGUCAGGGCACAAAUGGAUAACAGCGAAUCUACAAAUCGAGUGAAUGGCUUUUUGGCACUUUCGGCUCUCCUGGUGAAUAAUGCUCGAAUGCCGGAAAUAUAUGCUUUGCUGGUUCAACUUCUUUUGGGUAUUAGAACGCCGCUUGUACCUCUCUCAAUGACAACAUUUGACGAUCUCUGCAACUAUCUUAUUCACAUAAUGUCAACUGAGAAGGCUUCUUCUGGAUUAUGCGAUCAAACAAUACCACCAACUGAAUUCUUCCUUCGUAGCACAAAUCUAGAAUUCAAAUACGGUGUAGUGAGUCACCCAACGGAAUCAGAAGUACCUUCCGUGGGACCGGAAUUCCAGACAAUGCACAAUUCAAAUAUGUUCGACGUUGUUGCUUGCCCAGAAGCAGCCACAAUUAUUAUAUCCAUUCUUUCAGUUCUGAUGAGACCGACGUGUACUCCCUUGUCUAUGGAAGCUCAACAUCUUCCAGUCGUCAUGCUCCAGCUUUUCUCCUACCUCUACCAGUCCAACUUCGGCUUUCAAACUGUAUGUCUUGCGCCGGAGUUUCUCACUGGUUUAAUCGAUCUCCUUGUUAUUUCUCGUGUAUCUCAAGCGAAAGCUGUCGAUUCUCCGCAAAGCGACGCUGUCCAGAUCUGUGAUUUCUCCUCUAACCGACUGGAUGAACUGUUACUGAGCUUCCUUAGAACUGUUGUGGCGGAUAGCUUCUCACUACCCUCAACGGCCCAUCGACCUGUCCAUGUCAUUGAUACCGUCCUUGAGGCUGAACACAGCAGUUGUUCCUCGAAACAGCAACAUGAAAUUCAAACAAUAUUGAUGCGUAAUUUAAUGGAGUAUCUGCUGGCAAAGGAUCUACUUACAGAUUACUGUAUUCUCCUUCCACCAAGAGGUUAUUCUCAACAUAUUCCUCAAAACGUCGCCUACUUCGCCUGUCGCUUAGUUGAUAAACUGUGGCAGGGGUGUUUUCUGGGAUCUAUUACCGAGAUCAUCGAAUUCAUAAUUCAACUUAUUCAAAUGAUUGAACAGCAUAUGGUCUAUUCGCUUAAGUCCACGGCGUCACCUCGGCAGUACCCUUUCAUUUAUUCCUCCACUCCACCUCCUCAAUCAACCUCCGUAGAUUUAAGUUUUUCCAUUUCUCGAGCUUCUCUUUACCGUAGCCUCAAUCGUUGUGUUCUCUUCCAACUCUCUCGUCCUGUUCUUAAACAACGCGAUCAGAAAAUGGUCAUCUCCAUACUACAGUUGCUUCUGUCUGAAGAAGGACCUCUCAAUUCUCUCAUCUUUUCCACCUUCAACUCGGCAGACACCGAAUUUCCCAUCUGUUUGGCUCACCUUCUCAUUCAACACGUGCAAAGAAAUACUCAGGGAUUUCUGAUUAAGCAAGAUCAGUCAGGCCAAAAAGAGAAGAUGCCUGAAGGGAGAGCGGAUUCGGCUGGACUUUAUCGAACCGCCUUUGAUACCGAGGAUUUUGAAACCGAUGAUGAAGAGAGAGCCCUUUCGAAUGAACCGUCGUCUAGUAAAAAGGCGGAGGAACAAGAUCUUCCAGCUCAAGUGGAAGAGUUUGAACUAUUGGCCAAGCUGGCCUUGAAACUGUGGGAGCAUUGCUAUAUGUGGAAUCAGAAGGUAUUCGUUGCUUUAUUACCGGAUUCAACACUUUCACAAUUGGCUGGAAUACCAUCUUUGACGGAAUGGUCAGAGGCAUUAGAAGGACCCUGCAUUAUGAAAUGGACAACCUAUGUAGAUGCUGAAGCCACUGGUUGCGGUGGAAUUGUAUCCCAUAGUACAAAUUUAAAUUCAUCGAAUUUGUCUACUCAAUGGGGUCUUCUCUCAAUGUAUGGACCAUCUACAAUUGAACGUCAGUUAGAAUCGACGACAAAUCGUGUAACGGCCAUUAGUGAGCAAGCUUCUAGUAAUCAAAGUCGUACAUCAGGUCGUUUGUUUUCACAUCAGAUUUCCAGAAAGCUUACGCGAAUGAGUGCCUCUGUCCUCCGAAUGGCUUCGAAUGCCACAAAUCCCAGUUCAUCUACGACGUCUGAUAUCAGUUCUAUGAAGACUGUUGAAAACAAAAAGCCAGGUCGUCAGUUUAGUAUUGUCUAUCCUGCUGAUGUCGCAAGAGGAAGAAAUAAUAGUGAUAACAGUAGUGUUGAUGGAGAUUGGGUAGUUGUACCUCGUAUUCCUAUCGGCCUGCCAUUGCUAACAAAGAAGUCAACUGCCUUGUCGACACUACGAAGAAUAAGCAUGCAAGUGAAAAGUCCGCUGACUCUAGUUAUUGAGGCUCUUGAAUGGAGUAAGCAGUCCCAAGAAAGAGAUAUCUCAUUCUUGUGGCGUCAAGUAGAAAUCGAAUGGAACAAGAUGGAAGAGCAUUUGACUCAGGAAAGAUCAAUUUGGGGCCCAAUGUGUGCUGAUGAUGAACAAGUGAAAUGGGAGUUGGAUCCGACUGAGGGGCCGUGUCGAAUGCGUAAAAGAAUGCUCCCAAAUCAGAGCUUCUAUCGACAUUAUCCAACCAUAAACAAAACGGUUCAGUCAGCAACUGAAAUGAAUGAGGCUUCUCCCAUUGUGACGAAACGGGGAUAUAUUGCUCCACAGAGCAUAGGAGCACCCUUCCGUUAUCGUAGGCGACGUAUUCUUCGUGGACUUGAGCCCACAAAGAAAUCUGAAUCGGAAAGUGAGGUUCCACCUGCAGACGUUGCAGAUAAUUCGGUUGAAGCGGCUGAAAAUCUAACUAUUGAGGAUAUUAUUGCAUCAGAUACUCUUAUCCGCACCAGCCGUCUUCUACGUAACAGCGAGACAACUAACGCCUCUCGAGGCGUUUCAUUCGCAGAUACCCAAGAGAUGCCGGAGGGCGCUGAAGAUGAAUUUAGUGGUAAUGAACAAGGGUCAGGUGGGUCAACAGAAUCACUUGAUAUGGUAUUUGAAGAACAGAUAUCUCCGCCACCUCAGACUCCUCCAGCAAAUAUUUCCUCCACGGAAAAACCUUCCAACAAGUCUUCACCACCUUCCAAACCAUCAGAAGGCAGCUUCACAGCAUUAGAUCAAUUAACUGGUCAUAUCGCAUUUAUGAGACUGUUAGAGCCGGGAGAGAGUCUAUCCUCAAUCUAUCGUUGUGCAAGGAUCUGUGGAUUGGACGUUCAUGAAGGUCUUUUACUAUUUGGGAAAGAUCAUUUCUACGUGAUUGACGGUUUCACCUUGAUGAAUACUCAUGAAAUUGUCAGUAUUGAGGCUCUUCCGAGGGGAAUGAAGCAUAAGCCCAUCGUUCCAACGAGUUCUGAUUCAAGUUCAAAUGUAAUGGUCGCCUCGUCUCAAAAUAGCAGGUCCUCAUCGACCUAUGCUUCGGACUUAGUCAGUUCAGGAGCAGUUGAUCAGAUUUCAGGAAAUCAGUACUUUAAAUUUGCUUACGAAAAGAUUCGUGAAGUUCAUCGUCGUAGGUAUUUACUUCAGCAAACUGCUCUUGAGAUCUUCAACGCUGAUGGACGCAACUUCUUCCUGGUCUUCGCGAAAGACUUCCAAAACAAGGUCUACGAAUGUUUCACGUCAUCUUCGUCAAUUAUCAAUUCUAAUCGGCUCACCGCUCUCUAUUCAGCAAGAGCAAAUUCACAUCUUUUAAGUAGUCUUCUCGGUGAAAAGACGGUUACUCAACGCUGGGUGCGAGGCGACAUUAGUAACUUCCAGUACUUAAUGUAUCUCAAUACCCAAGCUGGUCGGUCCUACAAUGAUCUCAUGCAAUAUCCAAUUUUCCCAUGGGUUCUGGCUGACUAUACAUCCCUCCACCUUGACCUUUCUCGACCUUCAACAUUUCGUGACCUUACAAAACCCAUGGGCGCGCAAACACCAACUCGCCUGGCACAAUUCCAGCGUAGAUUCAAAGAUUGGGAAGAUCCUUCAGGAGAAACGCCACCAUAUCACUAUGGAACUCAUUACUCCUCUGCUAUGAUUGUUGCUUCGUAUCUUGUUAGAAUGGAGCCAUUUGCACAACAUUUUAUCAAACUCCAGGGUGGUCAUUUCGACCUUCCAGACCGAAUGUUCCAUAGUGUGGAGGAAGCAUGGCUGAGUGCGAGUCAGCACAACAUGGCCGAUGUUCGUGAACUAAUUCCAGAGUUUUUCUAUCUUCCGGACUUCCUUGUCAAUUCAAAUCAUUUUGACUUUGGGUGCAAACAGAAUGGUGUUCGUGUUGAUAGUGUCAUUCUUCCACCAUGGGCUAAAGGUGAUCCUCGCGAGUUUAUCAAACAACAUCGUGAGGCUCUAGAAAGUGAGUUCGUUUCCGCCAAUCUUCAUCAUUGGAUCGACCUGAUCUUCGGCUGCAAACAACGUGGAGAACCUGCUGUUCAAGCAGCAAACGUAUUCCAUCAUCUCUUCUAUGAAGGCAAUGUAGACAUCUACGCCAUCGAUGAUCCUGUCAAACGUCGAGCUGUGAUUGGUUUUAUCAACAACUUUGGUCAAAUUCCUCGUCAGAUUUUCCGGAAACCUCACCCCGCUAAGAAAAUUGUCGCCUAUCAACCUGGAACUCACUUUAAUCAUAAUAUUGUCAUUGCCGCACCACCUGGUUCUUCAUUUCAACCGGAUUCAAGGACUAAUAUAUCACCUGCUUCUUCGGGACUCUUCUUUCAUAACUUGAGAUGCUUGAAACUCAAUGUUGGAGCUGUCAAAGAGCUUCGACAUGCCGUAGGCCAGAUUCUUCAACUCGAACCAGGCAAUCUGAAGGGAUUUUCAAUCUCAAAUAGUGGCAGUAGCUCUGGAAUCGGAAGCUCUAUUAGUACUCCAAACCUUGGAUGCACACCCCAAACGUCUUCUGGGGGUCUCUCAACUCUUAUUCUCCCCGCUGGAGGUCUUUUCGGAGUCGGUGGAGGUAGUUGUGAAUCCGGAGAUUCCUCAGGCUCGAAUAAUGUGGCCUCUGGUCCUAUUGUCGUUGUUGAACAAAAUAUGGUUCUGUUACCGCCCAACUUUAUACGGUAUUUGGCUUGGGGAUAUCCCGAUGACAGUUUCCGAAUAUGUAGUCUCAUUGGUGAUAAGGUGCUUCAAGUCUUUGAAAUGGUUAAUUCGAGCCAAGUAUUAUGUGCUGCUGCUCCUAACUCUUCAACAAUCGUCACAGCUGGAAUGACAGGCGUUGUCAAAGUUUGGCAGUUACGAAAGCCUAGCGAUGGCCAGGGUAAACCUUUCUACCCCUCUGAGUGGAAUAAUCCAUCUAAUGAUAAUCAUUCCUCUAAUGUCGUAUUUGGGACCACUCCAAGCGCCCUGCAACUCUCUGGAUGUCUCUAUGGCCAUACAGACGUGGUGACAUGUCUGGCCGCUUCAGACAGCUUCAACCUCAUUGUCAGUGGUGGUCGAGAUUGCACUUGCAUUGUCUGGGAUUUGAGAUACCUUAUUUUCCUUCGCCAACUCGGAAACGGCUACAAAGCACCAGUUGCUGCUGUGUGUAUCAGUGAAGCGACGGGUGACAUUGCUGUUUGUGCUGGAGCUUGGCUCUAUCUCUGGAGCAUCAGUGGGGAACUUAUCGCCUGCUUGAAUACUGCUCCCGACCAGAGCAAUCAAAUCUAUUGCGUUGCUAUGAGCACACUUCGAGAUUGGGACCCAGGUCAUGUAAUAGUAACCGGAGGUUCCGAUGGAUUUGUCCGGAUGUGGGGAUUAGACUACGUCUGGGAGGAAUUACCUGACAGUACUACUUCUAAGACUUCUUCGUUGUCAUCUCCGAUGGAAGCUUUCGAUCAACCAGCUGAGAAGAAGUGGCGUCGUCAACUUAUUCUUCGGGCUGAAUUGACUGUUCACACAGCCUUUGAUCGAACGGAGACAUCUCCAGUGCCUCUAAUGGCACUUGGAAUAUCCCGUGAUCAUCGCUCAGUACUUGUCGGGGAUGCCAAGGGUCGAGUAUUCGCCUGGUCAGUCCCAGCAAAUAGUGAAGAUCGAGGCAAUGUUGGCGUAGCGGGUUCGGAACUGAGCUACGCCAGUGGCGGUGCUGGUGUGGGUUUCAGUGUCGAAGAAUCGGUGACUGUGUGCGCUGCGCCUGCUUGUCAAACUCGGUUCUCUCUCACUGAGAGAAAACAUCAGUGUCGUAAUUGUGGAAAGAUAUUCUGUUCGAGAUGCAGUCGUUUCGAGAGUGAAAUUCAUCCACUCCGCAUAUUCCGCCCAGUUCGUGUCUGUACCGAUUGUUACGCUCUACUUCGAGAACAACAAAUUCCUACCGGUCCAUAA